GAGUAAUACUGCUACAAGAAACACAUGAUAUUUGAUUAUCCUUAAACUCCAAACAUGUCAUUCAAAUCCUUGUGAUUUUCUUAAACAUCUCACCAAUUUAUGAGUGAUUUUAUCAUAUUUUAGGAGUAAUAUAUUAAAUGGAACGGGUCUAAUGGGUCGACCCACUAACCUACCCAACCCAGCCAAAAAAAUCACGGGUUAUCGGGUUUGGGUCAUUCGGAUUUCGGGUUACAAAAAUUCAUAGUUUUCGGGCGGUUUCGGGUCGGGUCAACGAGUCGGGUUGUAAUUUGCCAGGUCUAUCCAAUCCGACACACCCCUAGCUAUAACCCUUAAAAAAAUAGGACGGAUAUGAUCAUACCCAAAUACAUGUUUUCCGACUCCUGUUACCCACUCCUAUAUAUAUAGUGAUAGUUUAUUUCGUGGAUGCUUCCUUUUGCUAAGUGAAGCAGUGGGCAGAGUGAGCAGGCAGACACUAUUAAAAACAGAGCAAUGAAAGGUACCAGUUUGUAGUAAUGGAGGAAAUUGCUGCUGGGUUGGUGUUGCUGCCACGUAAUUUGGACGUGUACUACAUCCCGACAAACAGAGUAGAUGGAAUCAUUUUGGCUUCCUUUUAAACACCCAAUUUCCCAUCCUCUGCAGCUCGAGCGAAAGCCUCCUCGGCUUCGUCUUCUUCUCAUCCCAACCAACUACUCAGAGAAAGAAUCUCCACCUCCGUACACUCUGCCAGUUAAGUAAUAGUUUCUCGGGUGGGUUUCUGAUCUUAUCUCUGGAGAGCAAUCAUACCAAACACAUUAUUAUUGUUAAUCCAAAGCAAAGAACGGACAAAAAAGAGAAAGGAGAAGACAAUAAUCAAUAAAUAAGGGGAAGGAAGAAGAAGCUCCCUCCCUUUUUUUUCCCGUGCCACUCGUUGUGCCAUUUCUCGUUUACAAAAGCUUGUCAAAGACCCAAAGUUCCUGUCUUGGUUUUUCUCUUCCUCUCACCCUCUACUCCAAUUGCAACCUCCCUCUUCAAUUUGUAGGGAUUUUCCCAUUCUUAUACAGAGCAAUGGCUGCACAACCAACUGAGUAUGUCUCGGCAGGUGAAGCAGAGGACGCUGCCGCAACAGCAAGUAAAACCAAAAUGGUGCAUGACCUUCUCCAAGGUAUUCAUCUCGUUGCUUCGAUGGAGGCUAUUGCUCUUGGUGCUCAGGCAGGAAUCCACCCUUGGAUUGUUUAUGACAUCAUCUCCCAUGCCGCCGGUAACUCAUGGGUUUUCGAGAAUCAUAUGCCCCAGCUGCUGAAAUCCGAUAUCAAGGCUGAUUUUGUUAGCACUUUGCUGCAGGAUUUGAGGGCUGCGUUGGACAUGGCCAAGUCACUCGCAUUCCCUCUUCCACUUUUGGCUGUUGCUCAUAGACAGCUCAUUCUUGCAUCCUCACAUUGUCUUCAAGUUGGGAAUGAUGUAGCCGCCCCAUUGGUUGAGGCUUGGGAGAAACUCUUGAGACUAAAUAUUCAAGAUGCAGCUAAUGCUGAACUGUACAGCCCUGAGCAGUUGGCUCUGCAAGUUGCCACCAAAUCUGCUGCUGUGAAGCGUGUUGGCUUCAUUGGCCUUGGAGCAAUGGGUUUUGGGAUGGCAACUCACCUGCUGAAGUCAAAUUUCUGUGUCCUUGGAUUCGAUGUUUAUAAGCCCACUCUAGCAAGAUUUGUUGAUGCUGGAGGUUUAAUUGGCGCAUCUCCUGCAGAUGUAUCUAAAGAUGUUGAUGUGCUUGUAGUCAUGGUUGCAAAUGAAGCUCAGGCUGAUAGUGUUCUGUAUGGAGAGUUUGGUGCUGUUAAAGUCCUUCCUGCGGGAGCAGCUGUCAUCCUUUCUUCCACAGUAUCUCCUGCUUUUGUAAUCCAACUGGAACAGCGGUUGAUAAAUGAGGGCAAGAAAUUGAAGUUUGUGGAUGCUCCUGUUUCUGGUGGCGUUAAGAGAGCUGCUGAUGGAACACUUACGAUUAUGGCUUCUGGUACCCCUGAAGCUCUUGAAUGUGCUGGUUCUGUUCUCUCAGCUAUGAGUGAGAAGCUUUAUGUCAUUAAAGGUGGCUGUGGCGCUGGAAGUGGCAUAAAAAUGGUUAAUCAGUUGCUUGCUGGAGUUCAUAUAGCUUCAGCAGCUGAAGCAAUGGCUUUUGGAGCUCGACUAGGACUGCAUACAAGGAAACUAUUUCAAUCCAUAGCAAAUAGCGGAGCUACAUCUUGGAUGUUUGAGAAUCGGGUCCCACACAUGUUGGACAAUGAUUAUACCCCAUAUUCUGCACUUGACAUUUUUGUGAAGGAUUUGGGAAUUGUUUGUAACGAAUGUUCAUCCAGAAAUCUUCCACUUCAUAUUGCAACAGUGGCAAACCAGCUCUUCCUGGCAGGUUCUGCUGCUGGUUGGGGUCGGCAAGAUGAUGCUGGAGUUGUAAGGGUUUAUGAAACGCUCACAGGAGUAAAAGUUGAAGGAAAGCUUCCAAUUCUUGAGAAAGAUGUUGUGCUGCUAUCUCUUCCACAUGAAUGGCCCUUGGAUCCUAUUGAUGAUAUACAUAGACUCAACCAGAGCAAUCUGAAAACCUUGGUAGUUCUAGAUGAUGAUCCGACUGGUACCCAAACUGUUCACGAUAUUGAAGUGUUAACUGAAUGGAGCACCGAGGCACUUGUUGAUCAGUUUAGGAAAAAGCCGUCCUGCUUUUUCAUUUUAACCAACUCUAGAGCUUUGAGUUCUGACAAGGCUAGCUCAUUGGUAAAAGAUGUGUGUACCAACCUAAGUAUUGCAGCUAGAGGAGUUGAAAAUGUUGAUUAUACGGUAGUCUUGAGAGGAGAUUCAACUUUACGCGGUCAUUUCCCAGAGGAAGCAGAUGCAGCUGUCUCAGUGAUUGGCGAGGUUGAUGCUUGGAUCAUCUGUCCAUUUUUCCUUCAAGGAGGCCGCUAUACUAUCAAUGAUAUACACUAUGUUGCUGAUUCUAAUAGGCUUGUUCCUGCUGGGGAUACAGAGUUUGCUAAGGAUGCUGCUUUUGGAUAUAAAUCUUCAAACCUUUGUGAGUGGGUUGAAGAAAAGACUAAGGGAAGAAUUCCAGCCCGGGAUGUCACCUCUGUAUCUAUCGAACUAUUGAGGAAGGGUGGACCUGAUGCUGUAUGUGAACUUCUUUGUGGUCUGCCUAAGGAAUCCACAUGUAUAGUUAAUGCAGCAAGUGAAAGGGACGUGGCUGUGUUCUCAUGUGGAAUGAUCCAGGCAGAGUUGAAGGGCAAAACUUUUUUGUGCCGCACUGCUGCAAGUUUUGUUUCAUCUUGUAUUGGUAUCAUUCCGAAAGCUCCAAUGCUUCCAAAAGAUCUUGGAAUUAACAAACAAAUGGAAGGGGCACUCAUUGUUGUAGGGUCGUAUGUACCGAAGACAACAAAACAGGUUGAAGAACUUAAAUUGCAAUGUGGCCAUAUGUUAAAGUGCAUUGAGGUAUCUGUUGAUAAAUUAGCCCUAAAGUCUGCGGAAGAGAGAGAAGAGGAAAUAAAUAGAGCAGCUGAGAUGGCAAACCAUUUCCUGGGAGCUUCCAAGGACACUUUAAUAAUGACCAGUCGAGAACUUAUAACAGGAAAAACUCCUUCUGAGAGUUUGGAAAUCAAUUUCAGAGUGAGUUCUGCUUUAGUGGAAAUAGUGAAGCAGAUAUCUGUGAGUCCUCGAUACAUUCUUGCAAAGGGUGGAAUCACCUCAUCAGAUCUUGCUACGAAGGCUCUAGGAGCAAAGCGUGCCAAAAUAGUUGGACAAGCCUUGGCUGGUGUUCCCUUAUGGCAGCUUGGUCCAGAAAGUAGACAUCCUGGUGUUCCAUACAUUGUUUUUCCUGGUAAUGUUGGCGAUAGUAAAGCAGUUGCAGAUGUGGUGAAAUCUUGGGCUCUUCCAGCUGCCAAAAUCUCGUCGACAAAAGAGAUCCUUCUUAAUGCAGAGGAAGGUGGAUACGCCGUUGGGGCGUUCAAUGUGUACAAUAUGGAAGGAGCUCAGGCUGUUGUUGCUGCAGCAGAGGAGGAAAAUAGUCCUGCUAUCUUACAGAUUCAUCCCAGUGCGUUGAAACAAGGAGGGAAGCCACUAGUGGCUUGUUGCAUUGCUGCUACUAAAAACGCUAAGGUUCCUAUCACUGUUCACUUUGAUCAUGGAACUUUGAAGCAAGAGUUGAUGGAAGCAUUGGAUACGGGAUUUGAUUCAGUGAUGGUAGACGGUUCACAUCUAUCGUUCAAAGAUAACAUUUCGUACACGAAGUACAUAUCAGUGCUGGCUCACUCCAAGAACAAGGACAUCCUGGUGGAGGCUGAACUCGGAAGGUUAUCUGGUACAGAAGACGACUUGACCGUGGAAGACUAUGAAGCAAGAUUCACCGAUGUAAAUCAGGCAGAAGAGUUCAUGGAGGAGACAGGAAUAGAUGCACUGGCCGUCUGCAUUGGAAAUGUGCAUGGGAAGUACCCUCCAACCGGACCGAAUCUCAAACUUGACUUGCUCAAGGAUUUACAUGCCUUGAGCUCGAAGAAAGGUGUGUUCCUUGUGCUGCACGGAGCUUCUGGAUUGUCCCCGCAGCUCAUCAAGGCUUGUAUAGAACGGGGUGUAAGGAAGUUCAACGUUAAUACGGAGGUGCGGAAAGCUUACAUGGACUCCCUGAGCAGCCCGAGGAAAGACCUGGUUCACGUCAUGGCCGCUUCAGUGGAUGCCAUGAAAGUGGUGGUUGCAGAGAAGAUGCGCCUGUUUGGCUCUACCGGGAAAGCCCAUCCAUGAACCAUGAAUGAUGCUUUUUCUUCUUACCAAUUGUCGCCCUGCUUUCUUUCCCUCGUUGUUCAUGUUGUUGUAACUUGUAUAUUUUUCUUGUGAUGAUGAUAUCAGCAGUGAUAGUUAAUACACGGAAUCUGAUAUCAAAUAUUCCAAUUGGUCGCCAGUUUUGAAUUACCUUCGAAUGAUGAUCCUUUCCCAUAAAUAAAACCACAAAGAGGAAGAAGCUACUUAUUUCUCUAAUGUAUAUAUCUAUGUAACUUUCGUUCAUGCUGUCAUGUUAGCAUUUUUAUCGAUCACUUUGGUUAAUAAUUUGAAGUCGUCCAUGUUUUUGGUGGAAUUUGUAAUCAAAGCACUAUGAUUCGACCCUUGUCAAAAAAAAAAAAAAAAGCACUAUGAUUCGACAAAACAGAAAACGAUAUUACUCUGUUCAUAUAUUUUCUACUUACCUUUACCUUUGUUCUUAUCAAGAUUCCUUUGAGAGCUAUGCAACUACAAACUAUGACUACAAAGUAGCCAUGUUGAAGGUCUCUAGUGUAAUUGCUAUCACUACAGUUCUAGAGAGAAAAAAAAAAAAAAUUGGUGGAUAUUAUUGUUGUGGUUUGAUUUGUCUAUCUUUUUUUCAUAAACUUGUUUCAAGUUUUGUUGUGCACAAUUCUCCAAUUGCUCUCUUUCUCUUCCCGAAAACUAGCUACUUAUAGCUUAGCUACUUAUAGCAAUUAACAACCACGACGUUCACUUCAAGUAUCCGCUGUGAGUCGGUUAUUACUUUCGGUAACAAUCCCUGACACGUCACCAUGCCAUUCAACAAACAUCCACUACGUACCAUGGAUGGUUGAUUGGAUAGUACCACACAUCUAACAACAUGGAUGAUAUCCAUAUUGAAUGGCAACAUAACUCUUGGUAACCAUACUAAUGGAUGAUCAUCAUAACAUAACAUGAAUAUUACCAUCAUUUGGUACUCGGGAUGAUAUCCAUGAUACGGAAUGACAUCAUUUAUUUACGAUUGCAUGGUAUCGAUGAUGUUGGAUGACACCAUCGAUUUAGAGUUUGAAUGAUGUUCAUGGUGAUGAAAGAAUGGUAGCAUGGACGACCAACUUUUUACAUAAGGGCGACGUCGAUUAAUUAUUCUUAUUAUAUGUGCAAAUAACUCAUGUGAUAAUUAAUGAGAUUUAUUUUGGCGUAAACAAAUGCUCCACAACUUACGGAUGUUUUGGUUUUGGUGAUAGUUAUAUUUAGGGUUUAAGAUUUCUAUAUGGCCCCAACUUUUCCCUUCUUUAACAUCCUGGCCAGUCACUAAUUAAUAUCGUGGUCAAAACUAUCACCAACAAUUACUCAUUUGCCCAAAACCGAGUGUUGACCAUCUAUAGCACCGCCUAGGCGCAAUUAGGCGCGAUAAAUUGGAGCUAGGUGGUCUGGUGACUAAAGAUAAAAAUAAAUAAUUGUUUUAAAAUAUCCCAAAGCAGCGCCAUCGUUAUGUUCGAUUAGUUCCUCCCAACGACCCGUGACCCGUCCUACACUUGCCUCAUUCCUCGAUUGGAAUAUAAAAAAUAGGUCAACAGAGAUCUCUGAAUUGCAACGACUUUUUCCCUGCCCCGAAAUUCGACGUCUGCUGCUAGAGUGCUUCUCUUCUCCAACUUUGGUUGACUCGAUUCUCCGUCCUAUUAUUCACCAUUGUCGACCGCUAAAUAAUCAAAAUAAUGUCGCCAUAUGUACUACUUCAGUUCCUCUCAUGUUUGUAUCUAAUUUCGGUUGUUCCAGCCUUCAUUCAUACUCUUUACCAUCCCAAUAUGUAAAAUUGUUAUGAUCGCUUAAUACGCCUAGGCGCUAGGCAUGAUCCCAAUGCCUGUAUAUGGCAUUCUUGAACCUUGGUAUUUUCAAAAUUUGUCUAUUAUGAUCACAAAGUGAGAAAUUAUGUCUAAAUCAAAUAAUUCGUGCAAUUUCUUUUAGCUAACAAACGAUUUGAUAAUUGAUACUAAAUAACUAGGGUUAAU